GGUACGCGGUGGAAGCGAGCGACCGUGCCAGGCCGGGGGUGUUCCGUGUCCUUCCCCAGCGCAGGGACGAGGCAGUGACUGGACUCGGGCGCCGAGCCCGGCAGGGAGCUACCGGAGGUCGCGAUCCCUCCUGUCCCGCUCCCUUCACGCUACUCUCCGUCUCCUACGCCCGCCGCCGCCUGGACGGCUCGGGACCGACUGCCCGGGGCAGGGGUGGCGAGCUUGGCCCCCGGGCUGUAGCGAGGCCGCGGCCCUUGGGGCGGCGGCAGCGGCGUUAGCGCUGGGGAAGAGGACGAGGGAAGAUGGCGUCGGAGCUGGAGCCGGAGGUGCCGGCCAUCGACCAGAGUUUGCUGGAAUGUUCGGCUGAGGAGACCGCGGGGAAAUGGCUGCAGUCUACUGACCUCACUAGAGAAGUAUACCAGCAUUUAGCCCACUAUGUACCCAAAAUCUACUGCAGGGGUCCCAACCCUUUUCCACAGAGAGAAGACAUGCUGGCACAGCUUGUCUUAUUGGGACCAAUGGAAUGGUACAUUUGUGGUGAAGAUCCUGCAUUUGGAUUUCCAAAACUUGAACAAGCAAACAAACCUUCUCAUCUUUGUGGUCGUGUUUUUAAAGUAGGAGAGCCUACUUACUCUUGCAGAGACUGUGCAGUUGAUCCAACUUGUGUUUUAUGCAUGGAGUGCUUUUUGGGAAGUAUUCACAGAGACCAUCGAUACAGGAUGACAACGUCAGGAGGUGGAGGUUUCUGUGACUGUGGUGAUAUUGAAGCUUGGAAAGAGGGUCCUUACUGUGAAAAACACAAACUUAACACCUCUGAAAUUGAGGAGGAAGAGAAAAGGUUUUCUGACACCAGGUAUACACGAGUAGAAGCGUUUAUUAUACCUGAUUCCCACUCACUAAAUGCCAUCUCCUGUGCUUGGGUGUGGAGGGAUCCUCUCAUUCAUUUACCAGAAGAUGUGAUAACAAGAACUUACAACAUUUUUGCUAUUAUGUUUCAUUAUGCAGUAGAGAUAUUAACCUGGGAAAAAGAAAGUGAAUUACCAGCAGAUUUAGAGAUGGUAGAGAAGACUGACACCUACUAUUGCAUGCUGUUUAAUGAUGAGGUUCAUACCUACGAACAAGUUAUUUAUACUCUUCAGAAAGCUGUUAACUGUACACAAAAAGAAGCCAUUGGCUUUGCAACUACAGUAGAUCGAGAUGGGCGUAGGUCUGUUCGAUAUGGAGACUUCGCGUAUUGUGAACAAGCAAAAUCAGUAAUUGUGAGGAAUACCAGUAGACAGACAAAGCCACUUAAAGUUCAAGUUAUGCAUUCGUCUAUUGUUGCGCAUCAGAAUUUUGGUUUGAAACUUUUGUCUUGGCUGGGAAGCAUUAUUGGAUAUUCAGAUGGCCUUCGCCGAAUUUUAUGUCAAGUUGGUUUACAAGAAGGGCCAGAUGGUGAAAAUUCCUCUCUCGUGGAUAGAUUGAUGCUCAAUGAUUCCAAAUUGUGGAAAGGUGCUAGGAGCAUGUAUCAUCAGUUGUUCAUGAGCAGUCUACUUAUGGAUUUGAAAUACAAGAAACUGUUUGCUGUUCGAUUUGCAAAGAACUAUGAGCGUUUGCAGAGUGAUUAUGUGACAGAUGACCACGACAGAGAGUUUUCAGUCGCAGACCUCUCGGUUCAGAUAUUCACAGUUCCUUCACUUGCUCGGAUGCUUAUCACAGAAGAAAACCUACUGACCAUUAUCAUUAAGACUUUUAUGGAUCAUUUGAGACAUCGAGAUGCCCAGGGUAGAUUUCAGUUUGAACGAUAUACUGCUUUACAAGCCUUCAAAUUUAGAAGAGUUCAGAGCCUUAUUUUAGACCUCAAGUAUGUGUUGAUUAGCAAACCAACUGAAUGGUCAGAUGAUCUCAGGCAGAAGUUCCUAGAAGGAUUUGAUGCCUUUUUGGAAUUACUCAAAUGUAUGCAGGGAAUGGAUCCAGUUACACGUCAAGUAGGACAGCAUAUUGAAAUGGAACCAGAAUGGGAAGCAGCCUUCACAUUGCAAAUGAAAUUAACACAUGUUAUUUCAAUGAUGCAGGACUGGUGUGCUUUAGAUGAAAAAGUGUUAAUUGAAGCUUACAAGAAAUGCCUUGCUGUAUUGAUGCAGUGUCAUGGUGGUUUUACUGAUGGUGAACAGCCAGUCACAUUAAGCAUUUGUGGACAUUCAGUGGAAACUAUCAGAUACUGUGUUUCUCAAGAAAAAGUUAGCAUUCACCUCCCCAUUUCUCGCUUACUUGCAGGUUUGCACGUGUUAUUAAGCAAAAGUGAAGUGGCAUAUAAAUUUCCAGAGCUCCUACCUCUAAGUGAACUUAGCCCACCCAUGUUGAUAGAACACCCUCUUAGAUGUCUUGUUUUAUGUGCCCAAGUACAUGCAGGAAUGUGGAGAAGAAAUGGGUUCUCUCUGGUAAACCAGAUUUAUUACUACCAUAAUGUGAAAUGCAGACGUGAAAUGUUUGACAAGGAUAUAAUAAUGCUUCAGACAGGUGUCUCCAUGAUGGAUCCAAAUCAUUUCCUGAUGAUAAUGCUCAGUCGCUUUGAACUUUAUCAGAUUUUCAGUACUCCAGACUAUGGAAAAAGACUUAGUUCUGAAAUUACCCAUAAGGAUGUAGUCCAGCAAAACAAUACUCUAAUAGAAGAAAUGCUGUACCUCAUUAUAAUGCUGGUUGGAGAGAGAUUUAGUCCUGGAGUUGGACAGGUAAACGCUACAGAUGAAAUUAAGCGAGAGAUUAUCCAUCAGUUGUGCAUCAAACCUAUGGCUCAUAGUGAAUUGGUAAAGUCUUUACCUGAAGAUGAGAACAAGGAGACUGGCAUGGAGAGUGUCAUUGAAGCAGUUGCCCAUUUCAAGAAACCUGGAUUAACAGGAAGAGGCAUGUAUGAACUGAAACCAGAAUGUGCCAAAGAGUUCAACUUAUAUUUCUAUCACUUUUCAAGGGCAGAGCAGUCCAAGGCAGAGGAAGCUCAACGGAAAUUAAAAAGACAAAAUAGGGAAGAUACAGCACUUCCACCUCCAGUUUUGCCUCCAUUCUGCCCUCUGUUUGCAAGCCUGGUUAACAUUUUGCAGUCAGAUGUCAUGUUGUACAUCAUAAGAACAAUACUGCACUGGGCUGUAGAACAUAAUGGAUAUGCCUGGUCUGAGUCCAUGUUGCAAAGGGUGUUACAUUUAAUUGGAAUGGCACUACAAGAAGAAAAACAGCAUUUGGAGAAUGUCAUGGAGGAGCAUGUAGUAACAUUUACCUUUGCUCAGAAGAUAUCAAAACCUGGUGAAGCACCAAACAACUCCCCCAGCAUACUAGCAAUGCUGGAAACACUGCAGAAUGCUCCUUACCUGGAAGUCCACAAAGACAUGAUUAGGUGGAUAUUAAAGACUUUUAAUGCUAUUAAGAAAAUGAGGGAGAGUUCAUCCGCCAGUUCUGUGGCAGAGGCAGAAGGAACCAUAACGGAAGAGAGUUCAAGAGACAAAGACAAGGCUGAGAGAAAGAGAAAAGCUGAGAUUGCCAGACUGCGCCGGGAAAAGGUCAUGGCCCAGAUGUCUGAGAUGCAGCGGAACUUCAUUGAUGAGAACAAAGACCUCUUCCAACAGACAGUAGCGGAGGAAGCCUCUAACUUUGCUGUUCUUGAUAAUAGCCCUAUGGUGUCAGAUACAACACUUACAGCAUUGGGCCCAGCACAAACUCAGGUCCCUAAACAAAGACAAUUUGUUACCUGUAUAUUGUGUCAAGAGGAGCAAGAGGUGAAGGUGGAAAGCAAGGCAAUGGUACUAGCAGCAUUUGUUCAAAGAUCAACUGUAUUAUCAAAAAACAGAAAUAAAGUCAUUCAGGAUCCAGAAAAAUACGAUCCAUUAUUCAUGCACCCUGAUCUGUCUUGUGGAACACACACUGGUAGCUGUGGACACGUUAUGCAUGCCCAUUGUUGGCAAAGGUAUUUUGAUUCCGUUCAAGCUAAAGAACAGCGAAGGCAACAGAGAUUACGUUUACAUACAAGCUAUGAUGUAGAAAAUGGAGAAUUCCUUUGUCCCCUUUGUGAGUGCUUGAGUAACACUGUUAUUCCACUGCUGCUUCCUCCAAGAAAUAUUUUUAACAACAGGUUAAAUUUUUCAGACCAACCAAAUCUGACUCAGUGGAUUAGAACCAUAUCUCAGCAAAUAAAAGCAUUACAGAUUCUUAGGAAAGAAGAAAGUAUUCCUAAUAUUGCCUCUUCAAAGAAUUCAGAAAAUAUGGAUGAAUUGCAGCUUCCUGAAGGGUUUAGGCCUGAUUUUCAUCCUAAGAACCCUUAUUCUGAUAGCAUAAAAGAAAUGCUAACAACAUUUGGAACCGCUACUUACAAGGUGGGACUAAAGGUUCAUCCCAAUGAAGAAGAUCCCCGUGUGCCCAUAAUGUGUUGGGGUAGUUGUGCAUACACCAUCCAAAGCAUAGAAAGAAUUUUAAGUGAUGAAGAUAAACCAUUAUUUGGUCCUUUGCCUUGCAGACUGGAUGACUGUCUUAGGUCACUAACAAGAUUCGCUGCAGCGCAUUGGACAGUGGCAUUACUUUCAGUGGUGCAAGGGCACUUUUGUAAACUUUUUGCAUCAUUGGUACCUAAUGACAAUUAUGGAGACCUUCCAUGCAUAUUAGACAUUGACAUGUUUCAUUUAUUGGUGGGCUUGGUGCUUGCUUUUCCUGCGUUGCAGUGUCAGGAUUUUUCAGGGAUCAGCCUUGGCACUGGAGACCUCCAUAUUUUCCAUCUGGUUACUAUGGCACACAUCAUCCAGAUCCUACUUACCUCAUGUACAGAAGAGAAUGGAAUGGAUCAAGAAACUCCUGCUGGUGAAGAAGAAUUAGCAGUUCUUGCUUUGUAUAAAACACUUCGCCAGUGUACAGGAAGUGCUUUGAAAGAAAUACCCUCUGGCUGGCACCUGUGGAGGAGUGUCAGAGCUGGCAUCAUGCCCUUCCUGAAAUGUUCUGCUUUGUUUUUUCAUUACUUAAAUGGAGUUCCUUCCCCACCUGAAAUUCAAGUUUCUGGAACAAGCCAUUUUGAACAUUUAUGUAACUAUCUUUCCCUGCCAAACAACCUCAUUUGCCUUUUUCAAGAAAAUAGUGAGAUAACGAAAUUACUGGUUGAAAGUUGGUGUCAGCACAUUGAAGUUAAAAGAUAUCUGGAAGGUGAAAGAGAUGCUAUUAGCUAUCCAAGAGAAUCUAACAAAUUGAUAGAUCUUCCAGAGGAUUACAGCAGCCUCAUUAAUCAAGCCUCUAAUUUCUCGUGCCCCAAAUCAGGCGGUGAUAAGAGCAGAACCCCAACUCUGUGCCUUGUGUGUGGAACUCUGCUGUGCUCCCAGAGCUACUGCUGCCAGGCUGAACUGGACGGGGAGGAUGUGGGUGCUUGCACGGCUCACACCUACUCCUGUGGUUCUGGAGUGUGCAUCUUCCUGAGAGUACGGGAAUGUCAGGUGCUAUUUUUAGCCGGCAGAACCAAAGGUUGUUUUUAUUCUCCUCCAUACCUUGAUGACUAUGGGGAGACUGACCAGCUCCUCAGACGGGGAAAUCCUUUACAUUUGUGCAAAGAGCGAUUUAAGAAGAUUCAGAAGCUCUGGCACCAGCACAGUAUCACGGAGGAAAUCGGACACGCACAGGAAGCAAAUCAGACACUGGUUGGCAUUGACUGGCAACAUUUAUAGUCACUGCGCUACCAAAAACAUAAACUCGGAUUUUUGUAACCCAGCAGCUUUUCAAGAAAAAGAAUAGGAAAUCAAUUCCACUGGAUUUGGAAAUAAAUUCUUUAGUUAGCUUUUCUUCCCAGUUUUAUUUUUAUAGUUUCUGGCUCUAGGGACUGAUGAAAAUCAUCUUCCAUCAGCAUAUUUUCUUGCACCAUUUGCUGUAUCCCUCAAACAUAACUUCUUGCAAGAAGCUUCUCUUCCUGGGCUGGACACAGCCCCUCUGUGGGAACCUGACUUCGUUUGACCGUUCCCAGUCUUCUGAGCCAGGUUACAGUACUGAUGGCAGGGCCUGUGCGCCUGAAGCUGACUCACCAGCAGGAGGAAACAAAGCCUCUGGUCUGUUGGGGUCACAUGUCCUAGUCCCGUUCAGUGACUCGGCAUGGACCGGGUUGGCGUCCCCUCUGCUGACGGGCCCACCUCUAAGAGCAAAGCAGUGGAUUUGGAAAGCAGCUUUCCCUUGUCUGCUUCGGCUGUCAGUGGACGAGGGCACUUGUGCAUGAGGAACCCCUGUGAGGAAGGGGAGGCAGUUGUUUCUUCAAAUGCUGGGUGGUUUUCAGAGCUGUGAAAGGUUGGAUUUUUUAUUUUAUUUUCUUUGGCAAGACUUCUGGCUUUGAGAGAGAAAAACUCAUUUUAAAGGGCUUUUUGAAAAGUUAUAGAGUAUCCUUAUUUUUCAGACAAUAUAUUCUUUUAUUUCUAAGACUAAAUGGAGAAGCGUAUGCCUCUAGAAUCACACACUAGCAGGGAAAAAAAAGAAGAACUGUUUUGAAGUUCCCGUCCCCCCUUCCCUACUCGCAUUUCCUGGAAAGAUGGAUUGCUGGUUACGUGCUGGCUCACUUAGUACAUUCCUGGGACAGCCUGUGUGCCCAGGGUUUUUAUUCUUUCUAAACAUUACUGUUUUUACUAAGAGGUGCCUUCCUAGAAUGAUAGCCGCUUAGUAAAAUUCAUUAUAACUAUUAUAUACCACAUGGCCACUCUGUUUGAUGUACAUGCGCCAAGAGCUUGGAUACACACAGAUUGAUGGCAGAUUUUGUGGAGGGAUAAAUUCGGAGCCUCUCUAAGAUGAGGCUAAGGGACAAAUGAAUAAUGAAAGGCUCUUGGAUUUUUUUUUUAGCCAAUGCAAGUAAUCCUUUCACUCGGUUUUUUUUUUGAACUGCAUCUAAAAGUUCCAUCACACUCAACUUCACACACACCACAGUGUACCCAGGAGGAAGGUUAGAAUCCAGGCUUCAGGCUAAAAUAAGUGGGGGUGCAGAAGCUGCAGUCACUGCUUCCUCUCCACGGUAGUCUUCUGAAAGGAUGACCUUGACCCUUCUUGCUUGGGACUGACUCAUCCAGAGGAGAGGAGGCGCUUCGCACCCAACAGGAAGAAAAUCCAGGUUAGACCCUCGUGCUCUCCCCUUUUUUCUGGCCGUUUUGCCAUUGGUAAGAUGGGAUGGUUUGGACUAUGGGUGGCAUAAUGAUAUUAAUGUUUAUUUUGGCUUUUGUCACAUCCCCAUUCCUUUAGCUUUUAAGUCCAGCUUCUUUUGGCUUUUCUCAAUAAUGUUCACCAAGAUUCAAUUUAAAAGACCAGGUCUGGUCUCUCCCUCAUAAAUGGAUUAUGGACGUUUUCACCAAAUCAUGAGCAUUUUUCAGCUUUUAGGACUGAGGGUGUCAUCCCUGGAUUUCACUCUCUGAGAAUGUCAGAGUCUGAGAGAAGAUAAAUUUAGAAAAUGAAAUAAUGUUUGCAUCACUAAGCUAAUUGUCUUCCCUAUCUAAUGAAUCAUCUUAGUAUUAUGAUUUGUUCCGCAUGUAUUAUGUUUAUUGUAGAAAUGUUUAUGUAACAUGCUUUCUAUAUCAGGGAAAAUCAUAUAUGUUUAAUAAAUUGGCUAUAACUUUAAUAUCUGUGGAAAACUUGUAAAAUUUGGAAUGUAUCAUAUGUAAAAAGCUUAAAGAUAUCCAAAUAAAUGCUUUAGGUGUUGACAUUA